GCCUUGUCGGACAUUGAGCAGCUAAUUAUCACAUCUUGGACAGACAGACAGGGGGAUGGCACAGCUGUCCGUAUGUCACGUAUAUGUACACCAAGAACGACCCUCAGACUCCUGAUUGCUUGCUCUGUAUCUCUCUCCACUGCUGUACACCGAACCAAACCACCCCCUGACCAGCCUCUAAUGUAGGAGGUGUCAAUCCUCAGCUUCCCUCAAUACCCUCUUGCUGCGCACACACACACACACACACACACCAAUGGGAGUCGAUCACACACGUGCGGCUUGCGCUUCACUUACAGGAGGGAGGGUGUCCUGAAGAGUCUCCAUCCCUUGGCUGUGGGCAUGAGAGGGUAGACGUCCUCAAAGAAGUAGUACAAGUGGCCCACUAUGAUGCCCAUCAGGUGGUCGUGCAGCUGCCAACCCAAUGCAAGCGACAUACCCAGCAAAACCCUACACACACGCAAGACACACAUCAGUGCACACAGGAAGAACUCUCUCUCUCUCUCUCUCUGUGUGUGUGUGUGUGUGUGUGUGUGUGCGAUGGAUGGCUGACCAUGAGACGUAUGGCGCCCGUAUGGUGAAGAGCAGGAAGUGCAUGCGCGUGUUGGGGUUGCGCCGGCCCCAUAUGUACGUCAUCACGUCAAUCAUCGACGACGCGAAGAAAUACGUCGACCCAAAGAAAUACGAAAUCCCCUGCAGGCCACACACCAUCCACACACACACACGCAUCCUCACUCACACACACUGCCUCUGUGUGUGUGUAUGGCUGCAUGGCUGCUGGACCAGGAGGAGGCUGCCAGUGACGAUGAGCAUCCAGAGGAAGUCGGCCGAUUUGCUGCGGAAUGCGACGUCCUCGAGGUUGCUGCAGUAGAAGACCAGCACGUAUUGGUUCCAGAAGAAGUGGAGACCGAAGUUGCCGAAGAACAGAAAACACGUCACCAGCCGCCACACCUAAACCACACACACACAACCACGCACACGACAGCCAUAUUCCGCUCACAGACAGGAUCUCUAUCUCUCUUCCACUCACUUGUCCUUCUUUGAUGAGGUUCCAGUUGAGAUAGAGGCUGUACGGCGAGAGGAUGUCCAGGCUGCAGAGCAGCAUCAGCCCCGUCGAGAGUAUCACAUAGCUCUUCGUCACUGGAGGCAGCGACCCGAGCAGCUCGUCCAACUGAACCAUUUCUUCUGUUCCUUGCAGCAACAAGAGGGUCACCGUGGCGUUCCAGACAGGCUACAGGGGUGUCGAGCACGGUCAUCCACUCACUCACCUUCG